CCUCCUAACGCGGAGGAAAUGUCCAGCGUCAAGAUCAUAGAGAAUCCAGAAGUGCCGGGAUUCGAAUGCUUUCUGCCACCGCCACCACCGCCACCGCCGCCGCCACCGCCUCCCCCGCCACCACCGCCGCCUUCUUCUUGUUCGAAUAAACCCUCGGACAACAACAAUGGACAAUCGACAACGACGCAACAGCAACGAACGACGAGCGAGAACGUGAUGACCGUCGCAACGUCACCGGUAGCGACCGCCAGCGACGGGGUUCCUCCGACCCUCGGUACGUUUCCGAACGUCCUCCCCGUGCCACCGAGUCCGUACAUGCUGCAUCCGACGAUGCAACCGCAAACUCCCGGACAGCCGUCAACCCCGACCCCAUGGUGGAUACCCACCGACAGCGAUACCUCGGACCUUUACGCUCAGUGGUACGAUCCGACCUAUAAGGGUGCAGCAACCGCGACGGCAGUCUCUCCCGCGGCGACACCAGCCAUUGGAAAAAACAAGAGCAAGAAUUUUUACAAACGCAAGAAUGAGUUUAUCGAUCCCGCACAGGAUGCAGAGAAAGUGGCGAGUGCGCAGAGGGAACUGUCGGCGCUGAUGAAACCGCUCAAAUGUGAUCUGUGCAAUGCAGUCAUGAACUCCACGUUGCAAGCGAAAUUGCACUAUGACGGCAAGCCACAUCAGAAAAAAGUAUCCAUGUUUCUCAAUCAGAGCGUUAAAAAACAGAAAACGGAAGAUGGCCAAGUGAGCAGUACGACCAAUAACGACUGGCAAAACUACUGUGAUAUAUGCAAAACGUGGUUCACAUCGCAAACAGACGCCACGCAACACUACGCGGGCAAAAAGCAUAUUAGAGCGGCGAACGGUGGGCCUCGCGCAAGGCCAUCAAAGAAGUCGCAGAAUCAAAAUCAGUACAAUCAGGUGGAUUCGACGGGUCGCUUCGGAAUUGGAAUGGCUUUCCAGGCGGACGCGCAACCCGCGCCGACCGCGGCACCAGUAGCGCCCGACGUAACCGCCGCGGCUCCAAAUCCGGCCGCGGCUCCAUCCAUUUACACAGCAUCAUCGUUCCUCAUACCGUUGCGUUGCGACUUGUGCGGAGUUUCGGCCAACCGUCAGGAUCAACUGGAGACGCACAAACGCGGAGCUCGACAUUUAAGGAUGUUAAAACUCAAUGGACUUACUGUGCCUGAAGCCGUUGAAAAUGAAAACGUCUCCAACGUUUCGGAACCUAUAGACUAUUCUAUUUAUCGGACACCAUCGGGCCAAUAUUACUGUGCACCGUGCAAUCUAUCGUUGAAUUCGGAGACCACGUUUGCUCAGCAUGUAGAAAGCAAGAAACAUAAAAAUCAGUCUAAUCCAAAGUUGCCCAACGCCGUGGUAGCGGCAAAAAAAGCCAGAUUCAAGAAAAAAUAAAACCGCGAUAAUGAUAUUACUUUUUAAUACAAUGACGUAGUGUUUCCCAGCUGGUUCAUUUAUCCAUUUCUUUAAUCAAAACUUUGACUAUGUUUUUGUUUCCGUAUAUGCGCGUGUUUCCAUUUCAUGGACAUUGUAUGACGAGAAGAUCAACGAUCUUUGUUUUGCGUUAAAAAUGCAAUAAACUGUGAUAAACUGUUAAACGUUGGAAUGUUUUCAAAAUCGUAGCCGUGUCUCUUGAGGCGCACGCUAUUAAAAUUUUCGUACAUCGCCGAAUUUUAUUAAACCGCAGACGGAAGAGGUGUCGAAUAUUGCGAAUUAAUGCGAAGAUAGAUCGAGCGUCGGCGUGACUGAUGGGAAACGUAAAUAUGUUAGUUACGCGGAAUGAGUAUAUUUAAAUUAAAUACCGAUUAACUCUAGAUUAAAUUUGUAGUAAAUCGAGCGCGAUGAUUUAGACGGCGGCUCGUUAAAGCGCGUCUCGAGCGUCGCGUAAUCGUCUUCCACAUUUAUUCAAUUACCGAGGUUAACUCGAACCACGUGAUAGAACUAUCGUAAGAUUCGCGAAAUUCUCGCGUGAAUGUGCGUGUGUGUCUGCGUCUGGGUACGUAUGCGUGCAUGCGUGCGUGUGUG